AUGGAGCCAAAUACAUCCAUGAAUUGUGCGACCUUGUGCCACCACCUCAUGAUUGGCUUCACUAUGGCACGAAAUACAGAUUUUCAACAAGCUUUUAAGAAAGCACUCGCGCACUUCAGUUUCGAAUGGGCGGCAGUGGAAGAAAAAAAAUCACUAUUAUAUGACCAAUACAAAUGUACAGGUCCAGGAGAUGCAAAGACAAAUGACACAAAUUUGCCAUUAAACCCCUGGGUCAACAACACAAAUGAGAAAAAUGCGUCCACAAUCGCGGGCGACUCAGAAGCAACUGGGAGAAAAGCAAGCACAACCCGCGGCAGCACUACAGCAACUCGUUCAAAGAGAGAUUCAGGCGGUGAAAUUGCUGCAACAAAUAGCGCAGGAGCAUCCCAAUACAAGCGCGGCGUAAGACAAAUGCCGGAAUUCCCAUAA